GAUUUUUUUAUUGUAUUACAUCGCAUAAAUACAUACAAGUUUUUCGCACAUCACUGGACAAUCUCUGCAUGCUUUCAAAAGACAGGAAAAUAUCUCGAUUAACUUUUCACAGUCGUGUCAUUGAGGCAUGGAACUUAUUUAUUUCUAUAGCACGUUCUUUCUCGGAGGAUGAGUUAUUAGAAGUCGUGGGAGAAAGUUGUUGAAAGGAUGCUGGCAUUAUUAUGGUCCAAAUUGGACGAUUGAGGAUGUAAUAUCAUAGGUCAUGCUCGAUUUGGAGUAAUAGAUCAGCGAAUUUGGUGGUUCAGUCGAGAUGAAGGUACAGACGGACCAGGUUGGUUCAAGAGAAACUCGGAUCAUUUUAGAUUUAGAACACGUUGAUAACCUAAAAUCCCGUCUCAUUUUCCUCACGAAUGUCCUAUGUCGAAUAACGUCACAGUCGCUGAAAUCCUCUCGUCAUGUCCUACCGUAAAUUCUACCCUUAUCACCGGCGUGGUGGACCUUGCCACCUCUCUUCUCGGCAUGAUCCUCGCCCUCUUCACCAUUUUGCUUAACAGCACCCUUCUUUACGCCAUCCUUACAAAACCAGUCAUCAGACCAUUAAACGCUUUGAUAGCAAACUUAUGCAUCGUCUCCAUCUUGUCUGGUGGAUUGGGUGCCGUUUAUAUCAGCGGUUUGGACGCCAUCCUGCAGAACUUGUGGAUGUGCUCAGUUUUCUCCUUUCUUAGAAACGUGGGCGUGAGUCUGAUAUCUCUCAGCGUAUUAAGUAUCAGUUAUGAACGGGUGAGAAAAGUUGCACCGGUGGAAAUGGAUGGAAAACUUUUACUUGGACGCGUAAUCGGGGGGAUUUGGGUGAUAUCUUUCAUAGGGGCGAUCCCCGCUCUUUUUGUCACCAUUCUAGUCCACCACACCCACUCGGAUGGGGAAAUUCACUCUGUUUGCAUGAAAGCUCCACCCGGAGACUAUUUUGAUGUGGGACUAAUUUAUGAAGUUAUCCGAUCCCUCGUUUUUCACGUGGGUAUCCCAAUCUUCAUGAUGUUUGAACUGUACAGGAUUCGAGCAACCCUGAAGCAUUUUUUCCACUUCACGGUGCCCUGUCCCCGGAUGCGACGAAGGGUCCGUCGGGUGAGAUUUAUUUAUAUCAAUUCCAUCACCUUCGUCCUCCUCUGGGUCCCUUUCGGCGUGGGGAUAUCAAUCUACAAAAACACCACGCUCCAAAAAAGGUACGAGCGAUUUGUACAACAUCCAGAACUCGACUGCGAGGAUCGUGUCAGGUCCAACACGUUUUACAUUUUGGUGUGUCUCUUCUACUGCUACAUACUCCUCCUCCCCGUCUUAAUCUUUUACAGCAAUGACACUUUCUCCAGCCUAAAAUUGUGUCAUAAUAACUUUGGACGAGAAAACAAGAAAAUAAAAGGAGAUAAAAUUCGGAUCAAGAAUCUCAACUCGCCUCAAGGAGGAGAAGACGAGAUAACCAGGAUGGAAGGAGGAACGACUUUUGCUGCCAGUGAACCGAUACACGAUGAAUGUCAUACCGAGAAGGAGGAAAAGUAAAUCUAGUGAGACGCCAAGAUAAGAGAGGAAUGUUUACAUAUUUGUCUCUUUGUCUGAUAUUCGAUGGAUGAUAACGUGUUAUAUUUAUAAAAACAGUCUUGCACAAGGAAGCAUGUUGACAAGUUCUUAUCAAACUUAUUUUGAUGUCGGACUAAAAUUCUAGAAGUUAUCCGAUCGCUCGGUGGCAAUCCAAAUCUUCUCGAGAUAAAAUUCCAAUGUAUUUCUUAUGGGGAAUUAUGAGUUCGGCUCAAAUCAGGUGGUGGUGGCACUCUCGCUCGAGACGUGAGAUGUUUACACCGUUCUCCUUUGUUUGAUAUUCGAUUAACAUAUUCUUUGCUCUUUUGCAUAAUUUCUUUUCUCCUCGUCAAUAUCAAGUACAAAAGAUGAAGUUGUUAUCACCUCUUAUCUCUCUUAUCAAUAAGUUUGAUCAAUACCGAAAGAAAGAGUAAAUGGUAGACGUGAGCAUCAAACAGAGUGAAAUUUUAGAUAAAAUCAUUCCAUCUUCAGUUUUCAAGGCGUAAACAUUCAUUCAACUCUCUCCGACUUUUCAAAGUUUCCGAAAACUUUUAAAAACGCCAAGUUUCCACCGAUUAACUCCCCACUCAACGCCAUCAUGUAUAAUCCCAAUUACCUGGACACCCCACUUGGACGUCACCAUUUGUACGGUGAAAACGCCACGUUUCCAACUUACCGUCGUGGGAGACAUCACCAUCACCUCCCAUUAUCGGCUCCACCUCUUUACUCGCAAGGCUUUCAUCCUGCCAUCGCCAGCCAAGGGAGUGACCGCCUUACACGACUGCUUCCUAUGCAAGUCACCCCUCCAAGUUCACCCUGCCCUUCGUCCUCACUCAGCAGCUCAUCCUGCACCUGCUCAGAGUGUGCCGACCGAAGGAACAGGACACUUCUAGGAUCAAGUUUACUGAUGGAAUCUGGUCCAAGGGGGAUGGAUGUUCCACCGCGAGAAGGGACUUUUGGUCGGUCGGCCUCCGUAAACUUCGGAAUGCCCAACUAUCACCACCAACAGGCUGGACCAUCGGGUCAUUUUCCACAACCGAACCAACCUUUCGUUUCUCCACCAAUUAACUCGGGUGGAUUUACUAAUAAUAACCAUUUCUACGCUAAUGGAGCUGCACUUGCGCUUAAUCUUCAAAAUCCUGGCACGUACUGGGUGGACUUAAGAGCUGAUAUUGAAGUUGGGGGAGGACGUGCAGGAGGACCAGCCCCACAGGAAGGGGCACAAAGCGCGUCUGGAGGAGGGAGACUUGUUCAGGUCCCCAUGAACGGAACAGCAGGUCCGAGCAGGAUCUAGAAAAGUUAAAUGUCAAAAAAUUGGAUCAGAAAUGUUCUGAUAAUCUUCAUCAUCUCGUCGUCGUGCAGUGACCGGAAGUCAUUUACAGAUAGCAGUGGAUUCUUAUCAAACUCAAUAUUAUUUAAAACAGUUAAUUCUAUAAAUUGCGUAUUACUAUAUACAGAUAAUUAUUAAAUCAUGUUAAUUAGUUCACAGUUAAUUAAUUAUUACUCGAGUAAUAUUUGUUAUAUUAUAAAAAUUAGUCCGAAUAAUUUUGUACUUUUUAUAAUCUCAGA